GCCAGGAACCAAGACGUACCGCGCACAACACCCUGGACUAUGAUGACGAUGGUGAUAAUGGUCAUUAUAAAAGCGUCAGUUUUUGUCUCCGCGGUGAUUGGCCUCUUGGGGAACGUCGGUAUGGCAGUGUCACCAGCAGGUGAUUUGGAGACUGAAAGCUCGCCCGCGCGGGAACUGCUGCAGUCGAAUCACAGAAGCUGCACCUACAAGGGGUUGGUGCAUGCGGAGGGGCAACACGUGGUCAUCAGGGAGGAGCCAUGUCUCAACUGCAGUUGCCGCCAGGGCGCUCUAGUGUGCUACCUGCGUGUAUGUCGCCCUCUACCCAACCCUCCGCCCCCCGAAUGUGUACUGAUUCAUCGCAAACGCCACUGCUGUCCAGAGCUCAUCUGCAGGGAUGGAGGAACACCCAAAAAGAAGUUGGAUGGGCGGUCUGAUUUAACAUUGGGAGGAAAUGAUAUGAAGACAGACAGAGCUUGUGUGGCUAAUGGAACUGUGUAUGCAGAGGGAUCUGCCAUGCAUACUUCUGGGCUCUGUGACUACUGUUAUUGUAUCAGGGGGAAUCAACAGUGCAUCAGGCCACAAUGUCUCUUGCCUCUGGAAGGCUGCACUCCUGGUUACAGAGCCCUUUCUUGCUGUCCAACACAUUACAACUGCAGUGAAGCCAUUGCUGCUGAGACAACAACAACAUCUGCAGCGCCCUCAAGUUUUGUUGGAUGUGAAUUAGAUGGCCAGUUCUAUCCUGAAGGGGAAAUGGUUCACACUGUAGCCCAAUCAAAAUGUGAGAAUUGCUUUUGUAUGAAGGGCAGAGUACAGUGUAUGACUAUAGAAUGCACUCCACCUCUGCUGGGAUGUAGCCCCAUCAUAACAUCAGGAAAAUGUUGCCCAACAAGCUACAACUGCAGUGGUGUAACUGAUGUUGAGCUGGCAGAGGAGAACUUCCUGGCCCUUGAUACAGGCAACAACCAUCUGGAACUGUACACAGAUUCUAAGUUACUGAGCAGUGCAAUAACCAACCAGAAACCGGUUAGUUCAGUUCGCUCAAUGCCUGGGUCACUAAUACAAUCAAAAAAUCACUACCAGCAACAAGUCACCAGUGAAGGGCGGAGCAACCUUGAUGGAAAUACCACCAUUAUGGAGACAUCAACAGAUUCCUUGACAACAAGCAGUACCACCAUGGACACCACAACUGAAGACAUAAGGUCAGAGACAACUACUGCUGCCAUGACAACAGACAUCAAAACCACCAGCACUACGCUGCCCACUACCGUGACAUUGCAGACCAUCCUGGAGCCUUCAGGUGAUAAUAACAUUCAAGAAAGGUUUAUAGUGACUCAGACAGAGGACAGCCAAGUGUCUACUGUUACAACAACUUUGAGUGAGGAAGAAGAAAAUCUUGUGACCAUGGAAACAGAGACAACAUUCAUGACAUUAUUUCCCACAACAGUGAUAAUUCCUGAAGAUAUAUAUGUGGCAAACAUAACAGUUCACAGCAAUGUGACUAUUGUUGAGAAAGAUGAUAACAUCACUACCAUGAAUGGAUCAUUACCGCCUAUACGCUCAAUUCCACCAGAGAUCGAAGCUAUUCUUAACAUCACCCGUAAAAAGGACAAUGAUUAUGAAUAUGAUUACAACGAACCUUCAUUACCACCUUCUUUACCAAAUCUGAGAAUCAUUCCAUUUGUAGCAGCAGAUGCAGUUCUAGAAGGUGGCGGUGAUGAUGUGGACAGGCCCACGCCUUAUUCUGCUCAGGAUAAACACAGACCAACAGAUAACUCACUGUACUACAAAAUUUCACAACCUAAUCGUUUCUCACCACCUGCUGAAACAGAAGGUGGCUUUCUUCCACGCGAGCCUAUUCUGGAUGGGCCUUUCUAUGAGUCAAAAUAUGAAGUUCCAUAUCACACAACAGGACUCAGUAUUCUUGACGCACAUCUGCCUGUUGACAUAACAGUCAGGACUGUUAUUCCUCCAUCAAUAACAAUGCUGCCACAGACAGAGAAUGAGCACUGCAUUUCCGAUGGUCGUGAGUUCCGAAAUGGAGAGCUGAUUUCGGAGGCCGGCGCAUGCGUCAUGUGCCUGUGCUACUACGGCGAGGUGUUGUGUCAGGAAGAAAAGUGUCCGCAUGUCAAGACCGGGUGUCGCCGUCUCAAGGAGAAGGAACACGGCGUCUGCUGCGGGCUAGUCGUCUGCGACGAUGCUGAGUCACCCACAGUAGUGCUGGACCGGAUGGAUGGAACUCCGAGCCCGCUUCAUCUUGGCGCCAUCGUGCCUCCCAUCACCGUAGCGGAAGGCGUCGUAACUCCAGACCCCUUCAGAGAUGUCAUCCGGACAGAGCCAGCCCCAGACCUACCGUCUCUCAUUGAGGACAUGAUGCCGUACCUACUGGAACGACAUACUAGCAUCAGCACUGCCCCCAUUAGCACAACAAUCUCUAGAUCCUUCACCACACCCCCCCAAGAGAGAAAGACUACAAGUGCCCCCAUAACCUUCACACACAUAUCAACACCAACUGAUAGGAAUGUUCCUCUCACACCAGAUCUCUUCGAGGAAGACAGUAACAGCAACAGAGGACAACCGGAGGAACAGGCACCCCUCGACGUAGAAGCUGAUGAUGAUCUUGACACUGAAGAAGACAAAGAUGAAGAUUCGGGUAUUUCUUUUGACAGCGUUCUACAGUUUCUCCUUUAUAAUGACGACACCACCAGGCCACCCUCUCGCGCAACAUCACACCACUUUGGCGGCAGUGGCAGUAGUACGUCACACAACACGCCCGCAACACCCGCUUCUCAGAAUUCGAGUGACGAGGAUGACGACAAAAAUAAACCCGAGAGUACGACAACACAAGCAAGUACAACUUCGAACACUGAAAAUGCUCAGAAUGUUACGACAAAUUCAGCUGCUGCCAGUGAAAAACUCAGCACAAAACCACACGCGGUGUUAACGACGGUUUCGAACGUCAACCCAACUGCAAGCAGUCAAUCCCCGAUCCUUCAACACCCUCAGUUGCGAGCGCCACUGUCGGCUGACCCAGGGGCAGCGUCUGGUCUUCUGAAACUCGCAGGUUGCAACAUCUAUGGCCGCAUGUACCGGGUAGGAAGAAUCAUUUCGGAACUGUCCGGGCCCUGUCUGGAGUGCAUGUGUACAGAAGUGGGAGUACAGUGUCGACCGCUGAGCUGUUGAUGAUGCUAUGAUGGUGGUUUCCAACCGGACCCGCAGAAAAUGUCAAUUUAUCUUGAAACGGCAUUUGCUGAGUACCAUGGACAUUGCAGACACCUUUAAACAUCUCUGAGGUUAUUGUUAAAUAUUACUUCCGCUCACCUUUCUCCCACUGUACAAAAUUAUAGGUUGAAACAAGCCACUUGAAGGUUGGUAUCCGCUGGAAUGUGGCAUCACGCAGACCGUUAAGGAACCUUCUACCUGGGCCUUAGGGUAGAAGGGUCGCGCCCGUAUUAAAGUUACGAGAAUGGGAUUCUUCUAAGUGAAGAUGGAGGCAGCAUAUUCCUCCGAAACCUUGAUAACUAUCUACCAGAUCACACGGUGUCUUCAUAUCCACCGCCGUGAGCACUUGAGAUCUCCAAGCCUAUUUAUAUUCUGCUUCAGAAUAGAACAGAACCCAAAGAGAAAAAUCCAAGAAAAAAAUAUUUUUAAUGACUGUAAAUAAUACCGCACGUUCUCAAGACAUUAAUUUGCAAUCCUUAGUUGCUGAAAUGGACGCAUGAUAACAUGAGUCAUAAUUUCUGCAUUCCCAUAAUUCCACAAUUUUGAAGAUGUUGGGAACCACUGAAUGUGUUUUUGUUGAGUUGUUUUCAUUGUAUUAUAGUAUCAGAGAUAGAGCUUUAAACUCACAAAGGAGGCUAUGAGUAUGUUGUAGUAUUUUUCCAGAGACAUUUGUACACUGGGCCCAGGUCAUUGCUGCUAAACAUUGCCCAGUUGUUCUGCGACAGGAGCCAAUUUUAGUUUUCUUCGCUUGUGAGUGUUACACCUAUUUCCAGAUAUCUAGGUCACCAGUUGCUUCCACCGACCUCACAGCUUCGGAGCAGUGAUAUUUUCUGGUGAUGAGAGUCCAUUCAUUCUUUUGUGUCUGGAACAGUUUAAGUGUCCAGCUGCCGUAAUAGUUUUGAAAGCGAUCUGUUUAUUUCACAGUAAACAAAAAGUGACAGAAAUUAGAGGCAAGAAGAAAUACGUAUAUAAUGGAGGUAUGAAAUGAAAGCAGUACCGUAAUGCCUGAAGAAAAGCAGUGCUGUCCUCUUUAUAUUCGAACUUUCACACAGGUAUAACUAGCUAAAUGCUGAUUUUUCUUCUGCCACAGCUGUACCUCUUGCUGUAUGCAUAGAGCCCAUGUCAGUUAUAUGCCCUUUCAGACUGAAGUCCCUGUGAUUCACAUCAGCCUUUGAGAAAAGCAACCACGUGUAUAAACCAAGAAGCGAUGAUUGCAAAACAUUAUUAUUGAAUAUGCCCUUCACUGAACGCUGCAGAUAGAGUGGAAUUACUGAGCAGAAUUUCGGGGCUUCAGUGGUUCGUUUAGUGGACAAAAGAUUGAAUCUUUCAAAUUGCUUGUGCUGCGUGAAUCUUUGGUCAGAGAGUAAUGUAUGAUGCAAGAGUAGUGAGAGCAAUUCCAUUUUUUUUAACUUAGGUGAUUAUAACACAAAGAAUCGUUUUCAUGCACGUUGUAAAAACGGUAUUUGUUGUUUCUGCGGCGAUGAAAAUCAGUGUUGUGGUCUUACGAGUUAUGACACAUUGUACUCUAGUUGCAACGUUUCGUAGGAACGUAUUACCUCCAUCUUCAGAUGGUGUGUGCCCAGAAGAUGGAUGAAGUAUGUUCAUUUGAAAUGUUGGUAUGCUCCUAGCAGACUACACGACCCUAUAACCUGCAAGAUCACAGAGUGAAGCUGUUAGGAACCAAGUGUUCUUUGUUUAGGGACUUCAGCAAGUGUGCAGUCAGUAUGAAGAAAAUAACAAACUUUAUUUUCUUUUUGUCAUAAUUUACGGAACUUUGAGCAUUUGGCCCUACGUGAUACAUACACACAUAGGCUGUGUAUGUAGCACGUAGCCCCAUAGGGUAACUAAACUCAUCCUCGUAUCUUCAACGUGCCCACAAAACUGGGAACAGCUAGAUCACUUGUCUUCAAAAUUAUUUAUUGAUUCAAGUAGGUUUCGGACAGAUACACGAUUGGAAUUUUGGCUUACAGUUCGCCAAGUCGCCAUUUUUGCACUGAAAUUAUCCCAGGCUUUCAGUGAUAGCUUGACAUGUUUGUAGUUGCUUUCCUCUUCUUCUCUUCACUACAGGGCAUCACGCACCCUCGCAGACUGGACUUACUCGCAUCAGCAAAUGCGAUGGACACUGUUCACCUUGCGCCUUCCAGACGCAACAGAAGUUCAGAAACAAGCAUCUUGUUACUCGAGUUCUGUCAGCUCUGUCUCUGGCACGUACUUCUGCUUUGCUCUUAAAUUUCACCCCAGUAUUAUGCGUAUGCAGUCAUCACACUGAUAUCCAGUUUUCUUUCCAUAAUGAAGCAGUGAAGCACUCUUAAGGGCAGUAAUGAUUGGAGUCAAUUUCCCAGUGACAUGACGCAGACUCACUAUAGCAUGCAGUGCUGGAAUACGAAGCAACUAGUGAGCUUUCGCAAUUCUGAAUUUUCUUAGAAGGAAUAGAAGACGAAGAUGGGCCACAGUUAAUUUAAAUGGAUUUCCGAAUGGCCAUCUUUAAAAAAUGGCGACUAAGCGUACUCUUUCGCUCAAGACCGUGCUGCCACCAAUUGUUGCAAGCGUAAGAUACAAUACCGCAUUCUUUCAAGCUGCUUCAAGAACGUUACGUCAUUCAGGAAUUAAAUUACACUUUCAAUAAGAUACUGUCACGUGUCCGGGGUUCCGUGACAAUAAAUUAAUCGGUUGCGGAUUAGGUGAAGCUGUUUAGUGGAUAAGUCGGCAAUUACGAUUACAAGCACUAUGAAAUAACUUCUUACAGACGAUGCGACCCGACUAGUUCGUCGUCUCUCAUGUUUCGUCUUCUGAUUCUUGGUCGAGCUAGUUUCUUCUGAUCUCUCUUGUUCUCAGUUCUCCUCCGGUCUUCUCUGAUGUCAUUUGUCCUGUGUUCCUUCUACAGUCGGACGGACUGGAAAACGCCUUCUUGAAGGGUUUCGUUUCCCGUGUUAGCUUGUGCAUCCGUCGCAGCAGGAGCUGCAGUGGCUCUGGCUUUGCUUCCCGUGGUAACAUCUGCCAGUGUACGCGUUGUAGUGUUUACAUGUUUACAGUUGCCGCGUAGGCAACGAUGUAUCCACUGUUCCUUUUAUGGGAAAAAUAGCUACUGAGCCGUUGUCUAACAACGGUCUUCUCUGUAUGCGCUGUCUCGGAAACGUGUUUUAACAAGACGUUGUCUAGGAAUGGACGUCCGCACGCCACAAUACUGUUAUAUGAAAACUCUACGUAUUACAACAAUCGAUUGACGAUCGUAUUGCUUCGAAACGUGUUUCUCACAUUUAACAAUGAAAUUCCACCUUCUGACUGAAGGAAGAUGCAGUUUUUUGCCCCAGUCUGCAUCUAAUAUUUUUCCUUCCCACUUUUUAUAUGAAAUUGUUUGUAUUUUGAACAGCAGCUUACGCAUUUAAACCCCAACUGUCGCGGACCUAGGGCAGUAAAACCUCUAAGAAUAUUGUGGAAACAUUUUUUCACAAACUUUGUUCUCCUGGUCAGAUUUUUUCUAAAAGAAGUAAUUAUUCCUGUUAAUUUACCAAGACUUUUUUAUCAUAGGGCCUGUGAACAUGUUGGUAGAGGGUCUUGAGAAAAAUGAUUUUCAUUUUUACUUGAGUUUAGAACUGCCUUACGCAGAGUUGUCGUGUUCUGCGUUUCCUAUCCUGAUGCCUAGACUCGCUCUGUUCAGAAUAAUCUGUGAAAAUCGCCAUUGCGAAAAUGUGGGUUAAAACUGAAUCAGAAGGCCAGUUCAAAUCAGUUCUGGUUGUCGUCAUGGUGAUUUCAAUAGUACAAUGAAACGAGUGAAAAAGUGAAAUACAUACCUCACUGAUUUUAAUUUUGAUUUACCGAUAAUGAAAUUACUGUAGCGGGGAAAACUUAUCAUUUUCAUAUAUUUCAAUAUUUAUUGUCAUCAAUAUAUAUUGUUUAUAGAUUGUCUCCGAAAUUGGUGGAAAUUUCUAACGUAAUUUUUCUUGUUUUUACGUCUUAGCUUGUUUAUGCGACCACAAUUCACACGAUAUAAUACAUGAAUGUUGAAUAACCAGUAUAUACUCGUGUGUGUGUGUGUAUAUGUAUAUACUAUAUUAUUUAAAGGGUAAAUAUUGUGCCUCUACAUUUGGUCAGUUUUGGGUUAACAUGUGCCCUUAAUUGUUAAAUAAGCUACCUGCACCAUUGUUCUGCACAAACAUCGCAAGUCUGGGAAUCCCCUAGAUGGGAGAGAAAGUCAGAUGGUGCUGUAUGUAAAACCAGAACGUUAUGUGGGUGCAAUUUAAAUUAAAUUAAUGUUACUGAAAACUUUGUAUAUUAAACACAAAAAGUUUUUGCUCUACACAGUUUAAAUGUACUGAACUACAUUAACUUAUAUUGGGUUUCAGUACAAUUUAGUUGAAUUUUAGGAACAAUAUUACCCUUUACAUAGCCUAGGUAUAUUGUUCAGCAACAGAAAGGAAAAAAAAUAACAAAUAGUUUCCUUGUUUUUAAGAUAAAACAAAUUGCAGGUAAUUAAUUUUGCUUGUAUUUUGUUUAAUGUUCGUAUUUCAAACAAGAGUUAUGUCUUGUACAGUGUCUUUAUGCAGUGAACAUUUUCUAAAAGAAAUCAAUGCAAUUCUACCUAAUCUUUAUAUACGUGUAGUGUAUUAACAUUUAAUUGGCACAAAGAAAAAAUAAGCCUACCCAUGAAAUUUUACAGUAAACCAAUCAUCGCCCAAAUUUAUUCGAAAUCUGAUCAGUAGUUUCGGAGACAAUAUAUGCGGACAGAUAUAUAGACCUCCCCAAUAAGAGCUCAUUUUAUACAUCUUGGGAAAAGAACGUAUGAAAAACAAGCAGGGAAAGAACUCUUCAAUUCGAAAAAGAAAAGCAUUUUGGGCAUAACUUGCCAAUUUUCAUGCCCAUAGACAACACCGCACCGUCGCCCUCUGUCACAAAGCUGGCUGUACGCUAACAAACAUUAGGGUCAGAGUGCAGUUGUAGUUUAAUGCGUAAUUUAUGAUGAACCCUUUGUAAACACGUGUUAUAUGCUGCACGUAUCUUCCUGCCGCUCCGAAGAGGCAGCAAUGUGCAUGGAGAGGGGAGAAGAUCUCUGACAUGACAAUGUAGGUUAGUUCCAUGAACCUCAAUGUGUUUCACAUUUCAAAGUGACGGUUAGUGUUAAGUUAUGUUUGUUAUAUUUGAGAAUGAAUAUAAUUAAUAUUAUAAUUUAUUUUACAGUAAGUGUAUUUUUUCAUUGUUCAUUAUGAUGGUAAGGUUAGGGCCCAAAGAAUAGUGCCGACAGAGGCUGGGGUGGGUUCUCACCCAUUUUAUCUCUGAUGUCUGUCAAUGAAAUAAGUUUUAUUUUAUGAUCUUACAUUAAAAUAGACUCGGUGUCAUAUCGCAAUAUUGUACGCAUACACAGUUUCGACGCCAUAUUUAAUACAUCAUGUGCGCCACAAAUAAGAGAUUUUAAACCAUUCAUGAGAGAAAUGUACUUAAAUUUUGUAAAAUAUGUUCCAAUGCCAAAAUGGCGUGGUGUGAAUUGUGUAGCUAAUGCUUUAUGUUGUUAUGUAAGACUAUAUACCUCUCACUCACAGCCUUGUCAUUAGUAGUUAU